AUGAGUGGGAAGUUUGAGCCCAAAGCUCCGGUGAACCUGGACCCUCCCAAGGAUGACCCAAUUUCUCUUGCGGAGCUGGCCAAAGCGAAUGGCGCCGAGGGACAGAAAUGCUAUGGUAAAGUAUACGAUGUGACUGGCAACAAGGCCUAUCAACCUGGUGGCUCAUACCACGUUUUCGCCGGCAAGGAUGCCUCGAGAGCACUUGGAAAGUCAUCAGUCAAGCCAGAAGACGUCAGUGCAAAUUGGCAAGACUUGCCUGACGGCGAGAAGAAGGUCUUGGAUGACUGGAUCACCUUCUUCUCCAAGAGGUACAACAUUGUCGGGCGUGUAGAGGGUGCAACAAACACCGACUAA